AUGACAAGACAUUCUUCCUUUUUCUGUGAUUGUCGUAAACAAUCGCACAAUAUGGAUCAAAAUUUCGACUCUAUUCGUAAAAAAAAAUUAGAAAGUAUGUACAAAUAUUUACUUGGCAUAGUGUUAGAGCAAGUAUCAGCGAAAACACAAUAUUGUGCAUUAGCUGAUUUUAGUGAAAUUAAAUAUAAAUCGAUCUUGGACGAUGUACUGAAUCGAAAUACCGUACAAAGUAUAAUGCAUGAAAGUAUAGCAUCAGAAAUACGUGUAUUGAUACCGAAAUUAGAAUAA